AUGCGCUGGAAUUUCACGUGCUUCAAUAACUGUCGGUUGUUUACAUGUUGCGAGCAACAUCAUCAGUACGGAAUAGUCUUCAGAAAUUCACAUUCUCCAUUUUACUACUCAUCAACCAAUUUUAGCCCGAUGGCAUCUCAACUGCUACCCCUUGAGCUGAUUGAUAAAUGCGUUGGCUCAAAGAUAUGGGUAGUUAUGAAAGGUGACAAAGAAUUCACGGGCGUCUUGUUGGGCUUUGAUGAUUAUGUGAAUAUGGUUCUUGAAGACGUGACAGAGAUUGACUAUUUGGGCAACCACAAUAAGCUUUCUAAAAUCCUUCUCAAUGGUAACAACAUAUGCAUGUUAAUACCUGGCGGUGAAGGCCCAUCAGCUCAAAGCGCAGAAUGA